AUGUCUUCUGAAUCGGUAGUACCAGCACCGCCGAAAAGAGCUUGUCACCAAUGCAACAAGAAGAAGACAAAAUGUGAUAUGCAACGGCCAAUAUGCAAUCUCUGUGCUCGUACCGGUACACAAUGCGUUUUCCCUCUUCGUCGAAAACCUUUGACGAGGAAUGGGAUCGCAAAAAUUGGAUCCUCGAAAUCCGAAGGUGCACUCGCGAAUUUGAUGGGAUUAUUGGAACAAGCCAGUGCACUCCAAGCAGCCUUUACAAAGCUUGGAGAAGAUCAGCCUGCAGCUCGAAUGCAUCUCGCCGAGGCGGUAGAGAGCCUGAUGAGCUCGGAUGUUGCUAGGCAGACUCAACAGGAGCCGUCGACUGCUGAAUCUCUUGCUCCUGUGACUGAAGAAAACAGGUCCCCUCCCAGCAGCGGUACAUUCAGCGCUCGCCAAGAGACUGAAACACCAUCAACUGUGGGUUUUCUCCAGUAUGAAGAUAAACAAAGCCUCUGUUCGGCAUCUUUUGGAUCACAAACUGCAGACAGGGCGCUUGAUUUUGGCGAUAGUGGCAGAGCAACAAUCACGCGACAACAACCCCAGGGCAACCGUUUUCUCCAGCUAGGCAUCUCAUCUGAACUAAUCUUCGAGCUGGUUGACCUAUUCUUCCUCAAAAUCCAACCAUGGCUGCCUCUCUUGCAUCGGCCCCGCUUCCAACGAUGGCUAGAUGGCAUCGCAACUGGUGAUGGGCUGUCUAACGCCAUGCUGACGCCUGAUGAGGAAAUCCUACUCUUCAGCGUGAUGGCCUUAUCUGCAAGAUUCUCUCCAAGUGCAUUUUUUGCAGGAAGCCCACCUCUUCAGAGAGGUCGUCAGUUUGCCGAACAGGCCAGGCUCCUACAACGGCAACUGGAUGUAUCCGAUGCAAACGGUUUGCCAUAUUUACAAGCAUGUAUCCUUCUCACAUUCUACUGUUACUGCUCGGGCCCAACCAGCCAAGGAUGGAUGCUUAGUGGAACUUGUACCCGUGCUGCUUACGAUCUGGGCCUCGCCGAAAUCGAUGGUGAAAGAUCCUUGAACCUGGACCCAGACCCUGUCGACCACAUUUCCACAGAAGAGAAAAGGCGCGCAUGGUGGCUGGUAUGGGAGCUGGACUCUUUCGCAUCCAUCAUCUCACGAAGGCCGUUUGGGAUAGAUCGAAGACGUGUGAACGUGAUGCUGCCUGUCUCGGACGAGGAUUGGUUUGCAGGAACGGUUCGCCGCACUUGCAAGCUCGAUCCCAGGCUGGGACCAGCCUGGAAAACACUCCGGGACCACCAAAUCAAAGACGAAUAUGCAUGGUUCCUGACCGCAACUCAUUUCGUAGCAACCAUCAGCGAUCGAUUUCAACGAAAAGCCGAAAUUGACCUUGACGAAAUCCUGUCGAUGGAGAAUGAGAUUGCAAGCUUUAAACUGGCUCUGCCGCCGAACUUCCGUAUCGACAGCCAUCCAUUGAUGUUCAAAGAAGAGACUUUCGCCAGAUGUAACCGAGUGAUUGGCACACUGCUGUUGCUCAUGGAUGCUACUUAUCACUUGAACUGUCUCUCCUCGGGAAAGACGAAUCCUCUCUUCGCUUAUCGUGUCCGAGCGGCAGAAAUUUCCCGGCUGAUCCGUCAAUGGCCUGGCGACUACGUGGCAUUGGCGCAUCCUUUCCAUGCGACGAGUAUGCUCAGUCCCCCUCCAAUCGCUCCUUCUCUUGUGACCGGCGUCGACGCUAUCAUUUCUUCGUCUCGCGAUCUCGAAAAACUCGUCUUAUCACGCUUCAGAGAAAAUUGGAUCUUAGGCUCGGUCGUUCUUGAAUGUUCACAUAUACUGGAGAAAGGCAGUCCUCCCACGCCCACAGAGAAGCAGAUAAUGUGGAGAUACGCCUUGUACUUCCCAAGCUACGGAACAGUCGAGCUGGGUCAAAGCCGAGCAGACGUUUUGGAAAGCGAUGUUUGUCAUUUGAGAGCUCCAGAUCAGGAACGGGCAGCGGAGUGUCAAUCCUAUCACCUCACAGGCAAUGAAACAUCGACACUUGCUCCACCAAGCUCGGCGGCAGUCGAUUGGUGUGACAUCCUGCCAGAGCCCGUGGGUGGUGACGAAAUGGAUCUGAUGCUCCCUCAAAUUCCGAAUGGCAAUGAGAUAAUAUUCCCCUAUGUGAACGUUUUCGGAGCAGUUCAAUAA